AUGUUGCAAUUGUUGCCUGAUAAUUGCAUGCAAAGUCUGCCAGCUGAACUUGUGCUAUUUUUAACCAGUAUGCAGUCACAGUUCAAUGCACUUAACGAACGUACAGCACAUUUGGAAUCUCUUGCUGCCGAAAAUGUCCAAUUGCAUGCUCAAUUAGCUAAUGUUGCUGCCUCUCAAAGACUGUUCUUUGACAAAACUGGUCCUGAUGGUUUUGAAUAUGUUUAUAUUUCUCGCUCACGUCAUAUUACGCACAGUGAAGUGCGCUACUCUCUCCGCACUCUUGGUGUUGACACUGGUUGCCUGUUAGAUAUUAACUUUUCUGCUCGUGGAGUUAUUGGAAUUCUUAUUCAUGUGCAGUAUCUUGAGGAAUUUAAGUCCCAAUUAGCUAGUGCUAAGGUCUCUCUUGUCAACAACUUUGAUCCACUUGAUCCUAAAAAUGUUGCUGAUCCCAAGUUUGUUAACUUGUCUGUCUCUGUUCUGCCAGUUGCUCACUUCUUUGUCCAGUCAGGAUGGAUUGGACUUAAGGAAAUUCCUGCCCGACCAGUAGCUGAGCACUUUGGAUUGUGGAAUGCUAAUGGACUUCAACCUCAUGCAAUUAAAGACGUGCUCAACCACUGUCAAUCUCUUCAUAUGCUUUUUAUAACUGAAACAUGGCUCUUAUCCCCAGCCCGUCUUCCGACCUCAUGGUCUCAGUUUCAUCUCUAUGGAUCUCCUGUUGCUGGCAACUACCGCGAAUGA